AUGUUGCCACCAUGGAAAGUCUUAUUUCUCCUGUCACUCAAAAGCUGUCUCUCAGAGAAAAUUUCCAGACAUGGACCCGUAUUCACUCAGGAGCCUAGCGACAGUGUUUUCCCACUGAGUGGUGACGAUAACAAGAUAUUCAUCAACUGCAAAGCCAAAGGAAAUCCGAUGCCGCAUUACAGGUGGAAAUUCAAUGGAAAAAAUGUCGACACUGAUGUGGAUUUGAACUACAGCCUGGUCGAGGGCAACCUUUUGAUCAAUAAUCCACAGCCAACAAAAGACGCAGGAUCUUACCAGUGUAUUGCCACUAAUCCCGUUGGAACCAUACUGAGCCGUGAGGCCAAAGUGGAGUUCGCCUAUCUGCAGAAUUUCAGCAGUAAAGCCAGAAGCCCAGUCUCAGUGAGAGAAGGCCAAGCUGUGGUGCUGCUGUGUGGGCCACCGCCACAUUUUGGAGAAAUCAGAUAUUCAUGGAUCUACAAUGGCCGCCCCAGUGUCCUCAUUCAAGACAAACGACGUUUCGUGUCACAGAGGACCGGGAACCUGUACAUCUCUAAGGUAGAGCCAUCUGAUGUAGGCAACUACACAUGUGUGGUGAAGAACAUGAUGACAAAUGGCACUGUGUACAGCUCACCCACACCUGUGGUGCUGCGUCGGGAUGCUGUGAUGGGUGAAUAUGAGCCCAAGAUCGAAGUACGGUUUGAAGAAACACUGCAUGUCGCCAAAGGAUCGUCGGUUAGAUUGGAGUGCUUCGCUUUAGGAAAUCCAGUGCCUUCCAUCUCGUGGAGAAGAGGAGAUGCAAGCCCUUUUCCUGGAAAGAUGAAAAUCAAUCACUCUAACGGUGUUCUGGAGAUCCCUUAUUUUCGCCCAGAGGAUGCUGGCUUUUAUGAAUGUGUGGCAGAGAACUCCAGAGGACGUAGCGUUGCGAAAGGACACCUCAUAUUUAAUGAUGUUGAGCAUCUCCAUUGGGCCCAGAUACUGCAUGACACCUACAUGGCUAUCGAGACUGACCUUAACUGGGAGUGCAGGGCCAAUGGAAAACCUCCACCUGUGUACAGGUGGCUGAAGAAUGGAAGGACCUUGGUUUCAGAGGACAGAAUCAGCAUUGGCAGCGGCAAAUUAAUGCUCUCUAAGGUUAACCUGGAGGACUCUGGGAUGUACCAGUGUUUGGCUGAGAAUGAGCAUGGUGUCAUUUACGCCAGUGCUGAACUGAAAGUUGUAGCCUCUCCUCCAGACUUCUCAAAGAAUCCAGUUAAAAAAUUCAUUCUGGUGCAGAGAGGAGGUGAAGUGAUCAUCGAAUGCCGACCACACGCCUCCCCCAGAGCCGUACUCUUUUGGAAGAAAAAAGGCCAGCUUCUGAAAAACAAUGAGAGAUGGACUAUCUCAGAAGAUGGCACCCUGCGGAUCACCAACGUGAGUGAGUCCGAUGCAGCCAGAUACACAUGUGUGGCACAGAACCCGUUUGGCACGGCCAGCAGCACCGGGACACUGGUGGUCAAAGAACCAACCAAAAUUACAGUUCCUCCGUUGAGUAUGGAUGCCACAGUGGGUGAAAGUAUUGUUCUGCCAUGCAAGGUGUCCAGAGACUCCAGCAUGGAUGUCAUCUUCAAGUGGUUCUUUAAUGGGAAGCUUGUCGAUUUCAGCCAUCACGAUCACUUUGAGAUGAUUGGAGAGGGAUCAUCAGGUGACCUUAUGAUCCGCAAUGUUCAGCUGAAGCACUCUGGGAAAUACGUUUGCAUGGUUCAUACGGUGAUGGACAGUGUAUCGGCUGCAGCUGACCUGAUCGUCAGAGGUCCCCCUGGUGCCCCAGAAAGAGUGUUGGUGGGGGAGGUCACAGACAGGACGGCUCAACUCUCUUGGACCCCUGGUUUUGACAACCACAGCCCCAUUACACUGUACAUUAUACAGACUCAAACUGCGUACUCCAUCGGCUGGCAGACUGUGAGAACAGUUCCUGAUCCUGUGCCUGGACAGAUGACACAGGCCCUUGCAGUGGGCCUCAGCCCAUGGGUUCAGUAUGAGUUUAGAGUGGCAGCUAUGAAUGGUGUUGGGGUGGGUGAACCCAGUGCCCCAUCAGAGCCUGUUCUCACCAGAGCAGCAGUUCCUGAGGUUGCUCCAGUCAAUGUGAGCGGAGGUGGAGGGAGUCGUGGCGAACUGGUGAUUGUGUGGGAGCCUGUUCCAGAAGAGCUACAGAAUGGAGAAGAAUUUGGAUAUGUGGUCGCCUUUCGUCAACUGGGUUUUGUGGUCUGGAUGCAAACUGUUGUGCCUUCUGUGGAGGCCUCCCGAUAUGUGUUUAAAAAUGACAGCAUUCCUCCAUUCUCGCAGUUUGAGGUGAAGGUGGGAGUAUACAACAGCAUUGGAGGAGGACCCUUCAGCCCAGCAGCUGUGGUCUACUCAGCAGAAGAAGAGCCCACUGUAGCCCCUGCCAAAGUGUGGGCACACAGUGUUUCCUUCUCUGAGGUGCAGGUGUUCUGGAACCCUGUUCUGUCAAGCCACAGCAAAUCGAGAAUCACAGGAUACGAGGUUCUUUGGUGGGAAGAGGGCUUGUUGGAAAGUGACUCCAGGAAGGAACGAGUUACAAGAAGUCCAGCACAUAUUAAAGGUCUGAAAAGCAACACAGUGUAUUUCAUCUCAGUCAGAGCUAUCAACAGUGGUGGAGCUGGACCUGCCAGCCCUGAGACCAGAGUGUCAACCAGGAAACCACCUCCAAGCCAGCCUCCAGGGAACAUUGAGUGGAACUUGACAAACUCCAAGAUCUUUUUGAACUGGCAGCAUGUAAAGGCAAUGGACAAUGAAUCUGAAGUAACAGGCUAUAAGGUGGUAUAUCGUCAAAACUGGCACAGAGGGACCAGUACUGUGGAAACAAACAGGACAUCAGUGGAACUGCAGGUUCCAUCAGGAGAAGAUCUGCUCAUACAGAUCAAAGCAUCAAGUGAUGGAGGGGACGGCAGCUAUAGCAGUCCCAUUUACAUACCAAAGAUGUCCAGCCUAAACUCUAGGGGCUACUUCAGUUCAGAUGCAAGCAAGAUGGUGCACAUCCAUGAAGCAGUGUUUCUUGUGCUAACAUGGCUGCUAUUGUAG